AUGGUGGACAGUUUCACCAGCAUGACAAAGGUUUACGAGGGCACAAUGCGGCUUGGGGAGGAGACAGACUCCUACGACUCUGAUGGAAUAAUAGUGGAAACCAGGCCCUGGAGACACAUAACAGUAGACCAAGUGCGUCUCUCAUGCAGGGACUUCUUGGGGCCAAUUCAACAGACACCGCCCAUGCAUUCAGCCAUCAAGGUGAAGGGCAAAAGGUUGUAUGAAUUGGCAAGGAAGGGUGAAAAAGUUGAAAGGCCUGCCCGUUCAGUAUUUGUGUCGGAGUUCGAAAUCAGCCCCAGGAGCGAUGGGGGCGGACAGGACCUGAACUUCAGCAUAGUUUGCAGCAAGGGCACUUAUGUGCGAUCGCUCGUCCAUGACUUGGGCCAAACGCUGGGUUGUGGGGCUCACAUGACGGCAUUGCGCCGCACUGGAAUAGGAGAGUUUUCGGUGGAUGAUGCAUGGAGUGUGGAGAAGCUUGCGGAGUGCAUGUCCAAUUCAAGAGCUGAGAAGAGUGGGGAUGGUCGACGAAGACGAGAAACAUAG